CCAGUAGCAGGGCGUCGAGCGCGUGCACACGGAGAGUACCGCGCACGCCUGCGUACUAAAUUGUCAUCUUCUCUUUUUCGGCUUUCUAUUUUCGUGUACAAGUGCGGGACAGUGUAAUGAACCAACAGACUGUUUUAUUUCUGCUCUAGACAGGUCGCCAAUAACCCGCCCUCAGUAUAAAAACUGCGACCUUCAACUUAGAGCACAUUGCAAUUGAUUACUGGCUUAGUAUCUUUCUCAACACACGAGCAAGGUCAGCGGCCAAAAGGACCACAGCUGAAGACACAGUCUUUACAUUUUCAAACCAAAAGCUCAGGAAGUAUUCAAAACAGCCAGCAAUGCCACCAGUUGCCGGAGGUCCCCCAGAUAUCGCUCCACCUGAUGGAGGCUGGGGCUGGGCUGUAGUGUUCGGUGCCUUUAUCUCCAUCGGAUUUUCCUAUGCAUUCCCAAAAGCAAUUACAGUAUUCUUCAAAGAAAUUCAGGAGAUAUUCCAUACCACAUACAGCGAGAUUGCAUGGAUUUCAUCUAUCAUGUUGGCUGUCAUGUAUGCAGGGGGCCCCAUUAGCAGCAUUCUUGUAAACAAAUAUGGAAGUCGACCAGUGAUAUUCAUGGGAGGCAUUCUUUGUUCAAUAGGAAUGAUUUCUGCCUCUUUCUGCAACAAUAUUAUACAGCUUUAUGUUUGCAUUGGAAUUAUAGGAGGUUUUGGAUUGGCGUUUAAUCUGCAGCCCGCCCUGACUAUGAUCGGAAGAUAUUUCUAUAAGAAACGUCCAAUUGCUAAUGGUCUGGCAAUGGCUGGAAGCCCAGUAUUCCUGAGCACUUUGGCUCCUCUUAAUCAGUACUUGUUUAAUUCAUAUGGAUGGAGAGGGAGCUUCUUAAUUUUAGGUGGAGUUCUGUUGAACUGCUGUGUUGCAGGUGCAUUGAUGAGACCAGUGGGACCAACGCCAGCUCCUGUUGUCAAAAAAGAUGUGGAAUCAGAAGUAGCAGACCCAUUACUGCAGAACAAAGCAAAUCCAAAGAAGUUGACAGUAUGGGAAACUUUCAAUAAAUAUUUGGACCUAACACUCUUCAAACAUAGAGGAUUUCUCAUUUAUUUGUCUGGAAAUGUAAUUAUGUUUGUUGGCUUCUUUGCACCUAUUGUAUUUUUAGCUGCAUAUGCUAAAACCCAGGGCAUCGAUGAGUAUAAAGCAGCUUUUCUACUUUCAAUUUUAGCUUUUGUAGACAUGUUUGCUCGACCUUCUAUGGGACUGUUGGCAAACACAAAAAAAGUACGGCCUAAAAUACAGUAUUUUUUCAGCUUUGCUGUCCUGUAUAAUGGUAUAUGUCAUGUUUUUUGCCCACUAGCAAAGGGCUAUUCUGGACUUGUAAUUUAUGCUGUGUUUUUUGGAUUUGCCUUUGGAAUGGUUAGCUCUGUUCUCUUUGAAACUUUAAUGGACCUUGUUGGGGCUAAGAGGUUCUCGAGUGCUGUUGGACUAGUCACCAUUGUAGAGUGUGGCCCCGUUUUAAUUGGACCACCACUGGCAGGCUGGUUGGUGGAUUUGACUGGAGACUAUAAAUACAUGUAUUUUUGCUGUGGAAUUAUCGUGAUCAUCUCAAGUAUCUGGUUGUUUAUUGGGAAUGCCAUCAACUACAGACUGCUGGCUAAAGAAAAACGAUAUGAGGAAGAACAGAAGGAGCAUGAAGCCAAUGUGACAAACGGUGAAAAAAAUGCGGAAGCACCCCAGGAAAGUAAAGAAAAUGCAAUUGAAAAUCUGGCUGUCAGUCCUCAGAAAAACCCAGAUGAGGCAGAAAGAGAGACAAAUAUUUAAAGGUGUAGAUUUACAAAACAGUAAGAAAUUGAAAUGGAUCCAGUGUAUUAAUGUCAAAGAUUGAGCGAUUUUAAAUGCUCUUGCUCCUCUCUAUAUCAAUAAGUAUUGCUGCCAAAGUAACAGCUCUUUCUGUGUUUUUAAUUUAAAUAUUGCUGAAGUGGUUUGUGAUAUUUCAGUCAUUAAGCAGCUUGAACUAACUGUGUUUUCAGCCAUGUAAAAAUGGCUGUGCAAGUAUGAAGUGUUGGUAUUACUUUCAGAAGAUAUUGAUUUUUGUUUUGGUUUAAACACCACCAAGCAUACCAUCAUUUCAAGAUUUCAGAAAGAAAAAUGCCUGAAUGAGUUUUAGUGUUGGAAAAGUAAAAUUCAUGUGAAUAAUUUGGAGAAGCUAUCUGCUCUAUGGAUGUAAAAAAAAGAGACAUUUUUUAUGAAAAAUACAGUUGCCACACUCUGCAACAGCUACUUUCAAAGUACAGCAUUGCCUUAAACCUCAAGAAUUAAUGUACACUUUUUAUUCUACAACUUUUGCAUCUUGCAGAUUUUUUAAUGGUAAAUUAAAAAGGAUUUAAUCACUGUACAGGAUUUUUGGCCUGUACAGUGGCAUGCCAUUGUCAAGAAAACAAGGCAGAAAUUAACAAAGUAUAUUUAGCUGCAUAUUUGUUUUAAUAUGUGCUUGUUUAAGUGGUAUUAACUAUUAGUCAUUUUAUUCCUUUAUUGCUUGAUUGUUACUAAUUUGAAAAAACAUGUAAAGUCAUUUUAAAAUGUGUUUAGGACACAGACAUCCACAUAUGCAUAAAAUAUCAUUUUUCUUACUUAGCAGAAAAAUUCCAUUGCAUCACAUCACAUAUAAAAUGUUUUUGAAACCUCACUGUACAAAACGCAAACACUAAAUGUUGAUAGGUAUUACAUUUUUAACACAGUGUAUCUCGAGUUGAGUGACUGUUGUUGUUACAAACAAAAUGCAAAUCCUUUUUUUGCAUGAAGGAAAUUAUUUAUUCCAUUUAGAAGGAAAGAGUGAUCAUAUCUUCUCAAAUAACAUACGAGGGACGUUAAAAAAAAAUUCCGCACUUUUUCUUACCUCAAUUUAUUAAGAAUUUAAAAAACAAAUGACAUCACUUUUCUACUUAGUCAUCUUUGUUCGCAGUUUUCCCAAUGUUGUACCAACUUUUUAAUACCCAAUUAUUAACCCUCCCGCCUUCACCGCUUCCAACGAAGAUAUAAGUGUGGAAACGUUUUGAACGUCCCUCAUAUUAACCAUUUGUAAAAAUAAACACAACACAGGGCUGCUACAAACACGUACAGUAUGACAAAUGCAACUAACUUGGGCUUCCAACUGCUGCAAAUGCAGUUUUUACCAUUUAGUAUUGGGUAUGCAUUAAGCCAAGUCUGUUAUAUUGCUUUGUGCCACAACUGUCAUUCAGCUCAAUAUUCCUUUUUAUGUGUAUUUUUCUGAAAUGUUUUUCAACGUACCAUCAAAAAUAUUGUUAAUAAUCUAUUUUUGUAGCUGUAAUAUAUUUAUAUGUAGGUUUUUGUUAUAAUAAUAUGUUAAUUCUUCAUCAUUGCCCUUAAUAGGGUUUUAUGUAAUGAGUCCAAGUAUGACUUUUUUGCAUUUUAUUUAUUAUACUAGAUAAAACAUUUCCUUGUUUUCUUGUUUUAUUUAUGGACCAACAAUGUUUAUCUUGUGAAAAAAUAACCAUUAACUUAUUUUUAUCAGAAGACACUUUCUUGUGAUAAUUAUUAUAAAAAUUGAAAACUAAAGCUAUAAAAUCAACCAGUAGCCUUAAUGCUAAUUAUAAAUUUGUUUGUUGUUUUUAAUCUUCAAAUUCAUAACAUGUUUUAAUUUAUGUACUACAUAGCAGAAAGUAUGCUAAUAAUCAAGUCUAAAAUUUGUUGUUUUUUUUUUCAGGGUUUUUAUUUUAUCUGUAAAUAUUUUAUUGAAAGAUAUCAAAUGUUGAAUUAAACGAAUAUAUGAAUUAGCUAAGGAAAUGUAAAACCAUCAUAUACAUUAUCAAAGUCAGCAAUCAGAAGUAAAAGCCACUAGGCAGAGGCUGAUGUGUACCAGAAUAGUAAAAGGUAUAUUGGCCUUCUCCCAAGUUAGUUACAGUGUAUAGAAAUUGCUGAAAGAAAAAUGCGUAAAAUAUAGCACUUUCUUUUGUACUGCCUCCUUUAUUUGGAAAUCCUGAUAAAAGGGAAAUUCUGGAGUUAUACUGUAGGUGGCUUCUUAUAAGACAAUUUCUGAAAGUUAAUUUUAAUACAAUCAUUACAUAAUGAUUUUUAGUAUUAAUGAAUGCACUGAACAAUACUUCAAAACAAUCAGAAAAAUCAAUUUGGUGUUAAUGGUAAUUCUCAGUUCCAGUGGGCUGAGUGAGUUCUCUUGGGUAAAAGUUGUUUUUUUAAGACCUUCAGAGCCUUCGGGAAAAACCCCUGGUGCAGUUUGGUCAUUCCAAGCAUUGGAUGAAAAUGCACUUUUAUAUCUGAAAAAACAGGGACACUUAUCUUUGAGUAAAUAGUACCUUCGGAUAUUAACGCACAAUGUUUUGGUUUUUUUGUUUUUUUUUUAAUAGAAUAAUAAUAUGCUUACAAUCACAUAGCUUAUGUUGAGCUAACAAUUAUCAUUAGCUUAGAUCUUGAUUUAUUAAUUUAUCUACUGUGGGGCAAAUGCCUCAGACUUUUACAGGGUUAUUGAAUUUAAAUAAUGCAAAUUGUUGUUUUUCUUAGUAUGCAUCAAAAACUCCUCCAGAAGAAGUCUAGACCAAAGUGUGGUGAUUUUCUCAUCACAGCUACCAAUAACAUUUCUGUUGUACUACAUUGGCUUGACUACCUAGAAAUUGAACCAUUUUAAUUAAGUAUUUGAAUUAUUUGGCUAUAUGACUAAAUUAAUUAUUUUGUAUAUGUCCAUUUGUUUGUUCCCUGUCCUAUACCUAUCUUGAAAUAAAGGGUGUGUAAAUGCA